AUGACAUUUGACACGGUGAUAGAUAGCGGCGGCAACAAAAGAUUAGGUGACGACGACGACAGAAAACAACUUACCGCUUUGUACUUUCUCACAUUAUCAGUGGCUUAUAAAACUGUGAAGAAUAUUAUAAGCUUGAAGGCCGUGGUGGACAAGGGGAGCAACAAAAUUAUCUUCGUAGAGUCUGAUAAAGAUUUUAUUGAUGUUCUCUUGAGUUUCUUGACAAUACCAAUGGGAACAAUUGUCAGGCGUGACACUAAACAUUCAGUAUCACGUUGCAUGAAUAAUUUGUCUGCCAGUGUUUGGGUGCUUUUCCAGACUGAAGCAUGUAAAGAGAUGUUGCUAUGUCCCCACAAUGGGGCUGAAUCUCAUUGCGAAAACCUCAAACUGAAAAUUGACAAUGAUGAGCCGACAGGGUACUUUCUGUAUCACAGUUGGCAAUGCACCUUCGAAAAUAAGUCAAUAAGUCAUUACAAAGGUGUUCUGUGUCAAUGUGGAAGAUGCAUGGAUCGGAGUGCUCACUUCCAGUUUCAUCCUCUGCUGAGCAAGGUGGGGGAAAUCUUUGUAAAAGAAUCAGCUAGUUUCAUAAUUACUGAUGAUUUACGUGUGAUGUCCCCGUUAUCAGUGGCAAGCAAUCCUGUAUUUACAAAGCUUGGAGCCAUGAAUGAGAAUAGCACCACUGAACAAAAGACUUUGAAUAUAGGAGCUCAUGAGUAUCAAAGACCUCUGUCUGAAACUCUACUGAAGCUUGAUCCUGUACCAAUUCCAAAUCCGAAUUUGAGGCUUGAUCAACUAAUAUUGACAAGUAUUGAAUCUCUACUGCUUGGAGACAUAAUGGAUGAGGAGGAAGAAGAAAAGAUUGUUGUUAAGCUGACAGUUAGCGUCUCAAUGGAUAUUGUUUGUUAUGCCGAAGCAGGGGAGGAUUUUGUUAAUUUGCUCCUCAGUUUUUUGACUGUUCCACUUGGUUUCAUAUUAAAGCAUUUGAGGGAUGCCUCUUUCAAAGGAUGCAUUGAUCAGUUGUACAAUAGUGUCAAAGAUCUUGAUGAGCAGCACUUGAAGUCAAAUUACCACAAGGAAAUUCUGCUGAGUCCUAAGAUUUAUCCUGGGUUUUGCUAUGAGAACUGUCUUUUAGGAAUGGAGGAUGGCCCAGUAGCCUCAUAUUUGUAUGCAUAUUGGAAGGAUGAUGAGAGGCGUUUGAAAGAUAUAUUGACAACAGAUGCAGCCCUCAUCCCUUCUAAUGCUGUGACAGUUCCACACAAAUUGAAGCAUGAUAAAAGUCCUCAAGGGUAUUUGAAAGGUUCGACAGUGUUCAUGGUAACUGAUGAUCUGUUUAUAACACCAAUGCCUUUGGCUUUUAUGAAUAGCAUACACUUAAGGUACCUUUGA